AUGACUGAAGAAUCACGGAAAGCCCUGCGGAAACCUACGGUUUCUGAACCUUCAGCAAAACCCACUUUAAAAGUCAACAACUCGUCGAGUGUUUUACCAACCCCGAUCCUCAAGAAUGAGCAAACUUCAAAGACCGGCAACGCCCUACCAGAAAACACCAUCGUCACCGCCUCUUCCUCCACUACCAACCCAGAAACUGGCGGAGUGGAUUUGAAGAACGUGCUUGCUUCGCCCAUAAAUGAAGCGUUUCCUCUGGAAUACGGCGAUCAGGAUGUGAUCCCAGAAUCCCUUGAAGGGCUCGUACGCCGAACUAGUCUGUUAUCGUUCAAUGAACCUUCUGAUUUGGAGAAAUCACGUCGUGGCUCUAUCUCUGCUCAUCCUUCCAAUGCCAAUAUCAGUAUUGGUGGUCAAUGGUCCCAGAAUCGCAUUCAACAUCAACUCCAGCAGCAGCGUGGGGCAGCCAAUGGAUUGAGUAAGUUACAGUCAGAAGCAUCGAACAACAACAAUAAUAAUAGUAAGGGAGUGAUAGCCUCAGAUGCCUUGCAAUUUGUGCCUCGUCGUGGACCGACACGCUCAAAUAAUAACAGCGCUGCCAGCUCAAGGAGCAACAGUGCUGAUAGAAGCCGCAGCACAGUGUCAAAGGAAGAUGGUAUACGGCGCACUAUUAGUAUUGGCAAUAACAGACAAAUCAAAGCGCCGAUUGUUCCUGAAACCGCUCCAAUAGGACCUAAAGUUCCAUUUACUCAGUAUUUUAAGCGUACAGACGACAACAAGAUCCAUAUUCUUGUUGGGGCGUCUGGAUCGGUGGCCACGAUCAAGCUUCCAGAAUUGAUUGCCCAGCUAUAUAAGCAGUUCACUAGAGAGCGAGUGUCGAUUCAGGUGGUGCUCACAAAAUCUGCAGAACAUUUUGUUAAAGGAUUGAAGAUUCCUGCAGAGUUCAAGGUCUGGAGAGACGAAGAUGAGUGGGUCGACGGCGGGCAUCAUACUUCCGAUCCGGUGUUACACGUUGAAUUACGUAAAUGGGCCGACGUGUUUGUGGUUGCCCCGGUAUCUGCAAACACUUUAGCAAAAGUAUCUAAUGGGAUUGCUGAUAACUUGUUGACAUCAAUCUUGAGAGUAUGGAAUCCUGCUAAUCCGGUAAUAUUUGCUCCGGCAAUGAAUACGUUUAUGUAUACCCACCCAGUGACCAAGAUUCAGCUUGACAUGAUCGCCAAGAAUUUCACCUGGGUCCAUGUUUUGAAGCCGGUGGAGAAAGUUUUGAUUUGCGGAGAUAUCGGAAUGGGUGGGAUGACCACGGUUCAAGAGAUUGCUAGUAGUGCAAAGAAGGAGUUAAUGGUGAUUAUAAAGAAGCAAGAGGCUCAAAAACUAGAUAUCCAGAAAGCAGAAAGUAAAGAAAAGGAAAGACUAAGGCAGAAUAAAAAUGAUGAAUUACAGUUGGAUGAGGAAGGAGAUGAUAGCAAUAUGCGUACAGAUGAAGAUGAUGAAGAUGACGACGAUGAAGAUGACGACGAUGACGAUGACGAUGACGAUGACGAUGACGACGACGAUGAUGACGAUGACGACGAUGAAGAUGACGAUGACGACGACGGCGACGACGAUGAUAGUCCUAUACUACAUAGAGUUAAUACCCGUACAAGAAUGCAAAACAAUACCAAAAUUUCCGAGGAACCAUGA